CAGCCCGACGCUAACACAGUUUAUUCACACAGGUGUGUGUCAGGUACGAGGAUGUGGCCUCAGGAGCCGAUCAUGUCCUCAGAUGAAUCUGAUUGGAUGUCUGGGAUCUGUGACUGCUGGCAUAACACCAAACAGUGUUGUUGUCUGUUCUGGUGUUGUCCCUGCUUCGCCUGUAAAACCUCUAAACAGAUGGGUCAGUGUUUGUGUCUCCCCCUGCUGGACGUCUUCGGCUGCUUCCGUCCCAUCACCAUGGCCAUGAGGACAUCUGCUCGCCAUCGCUACGGCAUCAAGGGCAGCCUGUGCAGAGACUGUCUGUGCUCCACCCUCUGUCCCUCCUGUGUCUGGGGUCAGAUCUCCACAGAGAUGACGAGCAGCACGAUUCCCACCGUACUGAGUGACAUCUUCCAGCGCUGAUGACGUCAUCACUGUGCCAUCACGGCUCCUCAGCACGGCCUGAUUGGUCGGUGCAGGAAAAUGUGAUUGUAUAAUAAUAAUAAUUUGAUAAUCAAACUUUUUUUAUAUAUUUUUUUUUCAUUCUUAUAAAGUGUGUGUUAUCUUUGUAAUAAAAAGGUGUAAGUAAAACUGCAGAAGACCAGGCGGGCCUCCUGCUGUUACCGGAAGUGUACUCUUCAGGAUGAUACCACGUGAUACAUUUAUAAGAAAUAAACGCUUCUCUCAUUUUCCGAA